CUGGCGACCUUAGGCUCUCUAGUCGACGAGUCCACGAUUCACAUUCAACUGCCCGUCUGCCAACCUUCUUUCCGUGCCCCAACUCUCAAGCCAUCCAAGUUCCGAAACAAACGAAAAUGGCUACCAUGCCUUGCUCUGCUUCUUUUUAUGGUUUUUCUCGAACCAAAAUGACUCCAAGUUCUUAUUCUCUACGGCCUUCAAUGGCUUUCUCGAUCCCAUCCAUCAAAACCGCACUCGAGUCCUCCAAAUCAGCCAUUUUUCAACACGGGAUCUCUUUGCAACCGUCAACUUUUCCCGGGGUUCUGCAAUCUCGUUCAUUCACAGUAAACGCCAGAGCGGCUACCGAGAAGAGUAUCUACGAUUUCACCGUUAAAGAUAUUGACCAGAAUGAUGUUUCUCUUAGCAAGUUUAAGGGCAAGGUUCUCUUGGUCGUUAAUGUUGCUUCAAAAUGUGGUUUGGCGACUGCAAAUUACUCGGAACUGUCCCACAUAUAUGAGAAGUACAAAACUCAAGGACUUGAGAUUCUAGCUUUCCCUUGCAAUCAGUUUGGCGGGCAAGAACCAGGAUCAAACCCAGAAAUCAAGCAGUUUGCAUGUACAAGGUUUAAAGCAGAAUUUCCAAUUUUCGAUAAGGUUGAUGUCAAUGGGCCUAAUACAGCUCCAGUUUACCAGUUCCUGAAAUCAAGUGCUGGAGGAUUUUUAGGUGAUCUUGUCAAGUGGAACUUUGAGAAGUUCUUAGUGGACAGAAAUGGUCAAGUUGUUGAAAGAUAUCCACCAACAACAUCGCCUUCUCAAAUUGAGAAGGAUAUCCAACGGCUGCUUGCAGCAUCAUAGAACUGUAAAGGCAUGCAUGGAUCAUCAGCUAUGCUGAGGGGAAAAUAAUGUAGGGGUAUAUCUAUAUAUAUCUGGAUUACUCGUUACUCAAGCAGACAUAGCUUCUAUGCAAUUUAUAAUUCUAAAGUUGCUCCCUUUUUCCCCCUUCCCACCCCCAAUUUUCUGCGCUGUUAUUAAUAAAUUGCUUAAUACAGGUCUA